AUGGGAAUCCAGAAUGCCGUUGCGGAGCUGCCCGCGAUGAAGUCCAACCCCAAAUUCAUCUUCUUUACCGACUUUGAUGGCACCAUCACGCUGCAGGACAGCAAUGACUUCUUGACUGAUACCAUUGGAUACGGCAGGGAAAGACGCCGUAAGAUGAACGUGGAAUGUUUGGAAGAUAAAAUCUCCUUCCGGGACUCUUUCCGCGACAUGAUGGACAGCGUGACCAAGCCGUACAACGAGUGCAUCCAGUACCUGGUCGACAACAUCAAACUGGACCCUGGAUUUGCCGAAUUCUAUCGGUGGUCUCUCGACAACAACAUCCCUGUUGUUGUGCUCUCGUCUGGCAUGGAGCCCAUUAUCAAGGCUCUGCUGAAGAAGCUAGUUGGACCCGAAUCAGACAAGAUGCAGGUCCUAGCGAACAAUGCAGCACCGCGAGAGGGCAAGUCGAUAGACGAAGAGGGCGGAUGGGAGAUCGUCUUCAGGCACCCUGAGAGUGGAUUCGGACACGACAAGUCUAUCUGCUUGCGCCAAUACUCUUCGUUGCCGGACGACGUACGGCCGACCAUGUUCUACGCUGGAGAUGGCGUCUCAGACCUGUCCGCAGCACGCGAGACCGAUCUGCUGUUUGCAAAGAAGGGACACGAUCUUAUCACAUAUUGCGCUCGGGAGAACGUUCCUUUCACGGUCUUCGAGGACUGGACCAACAUUCUGGCCAAAUGCAAAGAAAUCGUGGAAGGCAAAACUACCGUGAAGGAAGCCGCGCACGAAGGCUUCGAAGCAUACAAAGCUGGCGGCGCUGGUAUCAAGCCUGCGACGAAGUGA